UCGUCCGGCCGAGAUCUCUUCGCUUUAACUCCGUCGUAGGUCGUCGUCAUGUCUCAGGUUGAUAAUCGAAACUCUUCAGCGGCCAAGCGUGCCCGUACUGAUGGUAGUCGCAGGGAAGAUGAUUGGACGUGCCCUAGCUGUGGCAAUGUCAAUUUCUCUUUCAGAACAACAUGUAAUAUGCGUAACUGCACUCAACCCAGGCCUGCAGAUCAUAAUUCGAAAUCUGCUGCCAAGCCUCUACAAGCUCCCCAGGGUUAUACAUCCUCCAAUCCUUAUGUUGGUUCUGGUGCUCCCUCUUCAAUGUAUCUUGGUGUUCCACCAUAUGGGUCUUCUUUAUUCAAUGGGUCAUCAAUUCCUCCAUACGAUGUUCCAUUUUCUGGAGGAUCAGCGUAUCACUACAAUUAUGGAAGUCGUCUUUCUGCUGGCAGUCCUUACAGACCACUGCAUUUAUCUGGACCAGUACCGUACUCAAGUGGAUCCAUGUUGGGAAAUGGUGGCAUGUAUGGAAUGCCCCCUCUGGUGGACCGGUAUGGCCGGGGUUUGCCGAUGGGACCUGGAACUAUGGGCCCUAGGCCAGGGUUUUUUCCUGAUGACAAGUCUCAGAAAAAAGAUUGCAACUCGUGACAAUGACUGGACAUGUCAAAAUGUGGCAAUAUCAACUUCUCAUUCCGAACAGUAUGCAACAUGAGAAAGUGCAACACACCAAAGCCUGGAUCACAGGUUUCUAAAUCAGACAAAAAUUCUAGAA